AUGUCUCUGGAGUCUAUUCGUUUUGAUAAAGUACAAGGUAGUCUUCAAAUUCUUAAUCAGCUUCUAUUACCUGAAACAACUGUCUAUGAACCAGUCAAUGGUGUAGAAGAUGCUUGGAAAGUCAUAAGGGAAAUGAAGACACGAGGAGCUCCAGCAAUUGCAAUAGUUGGUGCUUUAAGUAUAGCAGUUGAACUCAGACACAAAGCAAAUACUGGUGAAUUUAAAUCAACACAAGAUGUGGCCACAUUUGUUAAUGAUUCUUUCUCUUAUUUAAAGACUGCUCGACCAACUGCUGUCAAUAUAUCUGAAGCAGCUACUCGAUUUAUGAAAUACAUUGCUGAACUUUCUAAAAAUGAAUUAGACACUAAGAAGUUUACAGAUAUUCUAUAUAAUCAAUUGUCACAGAUGCUUAAAGAUGAUGUCACAACCAAUCGAAAAAUUGGGUUUCAUGGAGCUGAAUAUAUUCUUGCAAAUUCUACUGGAGAUCAAGUCACCAUAUUAACCCAUUGUAAUACUGGAUCUUUAGCAACUGGAGGUUAUGGUACAGCAUUAGGUGUUAUAAGAGCACUAUCAGAGAAUGGUAAACUGUCCCAUGCUUACUGUACUGAAACACGUCCCUAUAAUCAAGGCUCUAGAUUGACAGCAUAUGAGCUAGUUCAUGAGAAAAUACCUGCCACUUUAAUUUGUGACUCAAUGUGUGGAUGUCUUAUGAAAGAGAAAGGUAUCUCUGCAGUUGUUGUUGGUGCUGAUCGAGUUGUAGCUAAUGGAGAUACAGCAAAUAAAAUUGGUACUUAUCAACUAGCUGUUCUUGCACAAUACCACAACAUACCCUUCUAUGUUGCUGCACCAUUUACUACUAUAGAUUUUGGAUUGUCAUCUGGUUCACAGAUUGUUAUAGAGGAACGUAAAAAGCAAGAAAUGAUUUAUUUUGGAAAUAAAAUGAUAGCACCUGACAGUAUUGAUUGUUGGAAUCCUUCAUUUGAUGUUACUCCUGCUGAUCUUAUCACUGGUAUCAUAACAGAGAAUGGUGUAUAUAAACCUGAUGAAUUAAAGAAAGUUACUUGA